UUAAGGAUUUUUUUGUAUUUUUGAAGGGUAUUGUAGCUUCGUUGCUCUAACUUUACCUCGUACGUUUCCGGCCAGCCAUGUUGCUGUUGUUGACAUUAUAAAUAGUUUCAAAAGACUUAAUAUGUUUAUAAGGUCUGACAAAUUAUGAUAAAGCCUAGCUUAACUUAUCUUCACCACGCAUGGUUUACUUGUCGAUGGGCUCAUAUAUAUUUCAAAAUAUUUACCUUUUAAUCAUCCAGACAUAUCAGUGAAAACAAAGCACCAUUAGUUAAUGAUAUUAUUAGUUCAACAUAUUUUUUAGAUAAUUAUUUUAGACACGAAUUUAAAACUAUUAAAAACUAAUGGGGCAGACAAAACUAACACAUCGCGUUCAGUACUACUAAGUUCGUCUGUUGAAUUAGCCGAAAAAGAAGAAUGUUCUUUAGCGACGCCAAACGUAAACAAGUCUUAUAUUAUAUUUUAGUAGGACUGCUCGCAAAUAAGCUUUUUAGCUUCAAUGUCGGAGCUCUUCGCGUCAAAAAAGAAGCGAAAACUGAUACGAAUGUUGCGCGUUCUUUUCGCAUUAAUGCCACAAACUUAAAAUGCGAGCACACAGUACCAAAUGUUAUCGAAUUCUUCGAAUGCCAGCUCACCUGGCGCAAUAAUCGUUCAUACAGUUCGGGUUCGCUGGUGCUACGAAAACCUAUCAGCAAGUUGAAAGCGGAUGUUGUGCUCGAUAUUUAUCAGGCGAAUGGCCGACUCGUGAAUGUUUUCAACAAAACAGUUGAUUGUUGUGCCAUUUUGUCCACUGGGAAACAUGGCUUGAAGAUAUUUGAUACUUUUCUAAAUGUAAUGUUCGCUACAGUCAAUGAGCGACCCACUUGUCCUUUGAAAGCGCAUUUUAAUUACACUAUUACCGAUUUCAACGUACCUGAAACAUUUUUGCCUGCUUAUAUUCCGAAGGCCAAAUUUCGCAGUGGCCUUUAUUUGAGCACAUCGGGACGACGAGCUGCUCGUGUCGUGGUUUUGGGGAAGGUGUUGAACUCAGUUUAAUGUAUUUCUAAACUGUUAACAUUCUAAAAUGUUGUAUAAGUCACUGUAAUUAAAAUAAUAAAUAACGGGUGGGCCAUCUGACGUUUUAAAUUUGAAUUAUCUAUAUUUCGACAUUGGAAACGUCAAAUACCAUUCGGAAAGUGACAGAUAUUCAGUAAAAAGUCUAAAAUUUACGAAAUGGGUCGCUAUUCACUAUUCUACAGUUCGCAGAUUGGGCAGAAGAUCGUUUGACCAAGGAUGGUCAAUUUUACCGAAAAAUCAUCUUUUCGAACGAGGCUCAUUUCCACCUCGAUGGUUA